AAUCUAGUCUUAUGUUUCCAAUUUGUAAAUUUAUCAUCUUAAAAAAGUUGAUCAAAAACCAAAUUUCAGUGCGAUUCUCAUGGAAAAUAUACGUUGUUUAUCUCCACUUAGUAAACUAACCAUCGAUGGCUGAUCGAAGCGAACGCUGGGACAAGCUGCGGCUGCUGCUCUGGAAGAACUGGACCAUCCAGAAGCGGCACAAAGUGCAGACCAUCUUCGAGAUUGUCAUUCCGGCGCUAUGCUGCUCGAUGCUGAUCAUGGUCCGGGGACUGAUCGAGCCGAUCAAGAUCAAGAGACCGAUUCUGUACCAACCGAUUCCCGCCAACUACUACGGAACCUUCAACUGGAUGAUACCUCCGGUUCUACCUGUUGUCGUCUACUCUCCGAAAAACCGGAUACUGGAUGAAAUUGUUUCCAACGCGAUUCAUAAAUAUUUGGACACCUCGACUACAUUCACGCAUGAAGCAUUCGCAGACUCUGAACAGCUUCACCAAGCGCAGGUGAAAAAGAACUACUUUGUAGGGAUUGAGUUCGAUGAUUUGAUGGCGAACAUAACAAAACCACCAGGAGAAAUUCACUUUGCACUACGGUUUCCGUCCGAAUCUCGAAGCAGUACCUGGAAGUUUCCGGACUGGCAAACCAAUCUUUUGGUAGAUCCGUUUAGUUUAGGUGCUCGAGACCGGGAACGUGACGAUGGUGGAGACCCUUUCUAUUUCCUGGAUGGGUUUAGCCCAAUUCAGGCGGCCCUUUCGAUGGCCAUCAUCAGUGCUCACGAUCCGGAUCGAGGGGAUCCUGGACAAAUAUUGUUGAAUCGCAUUCCCUACCCACCGUUUACUGAAGACAAUCUGCUACCGGCCAUGCAACAGCUGCUACCCUUGAUCAUCCUGAUCUCGUUCUUCUACACCUGCAUCAACACCGUCAAGUACAUCACAAUCGAAAAGGAGCGGCAGCUAAAGGAAGCGAUGAAGAUCAUGGGCCUACCAAACUGGCUUCACUGGACCGCUUGGUUCCUGCGCUGUAUGGGCUCGUUACUCGUUACCAUUACCCUUGUUACGCUGCUGAUGACCGUCAAUCUCUCGUUUCGAUCGGACCUCUCGGUUUUGAGGAAUUGCAACUGGACGGUUCUGUGGGUGUUUCUGCUAGCGUUUUCGGUGGCUACUGUCUCCUUCUGCUGCAUGAUGAGCGUAUUCUUCAAUAGAGCUAACACUGCCGCUGGAAUAGCUGGGCUGAUGUGGUUCUUCACGAUGAUGCCGUACAACAUUACCGUCAGCAACUAUGACGACAUGGGACUCGCUUCGAGGUUAACCCUCAGUCUACUGUCGAAUACAGCAAUGUCUUAUGGAGUUCUUAACAUCGUCCGACUAGAAGCUAACGAGAUAGGUCUCCAGUGGUUCAACCUUUUCUCCCCUGCCACCAUGAAUGACCGGCUUAACGUAGGAUUGGUGAUCAUAAUGCUUCUGGUAGAUGCCAUGCUAUACAUGGGGAUAGCGCUCUACAUCGAGCAAAUCAUGCCCGGUGAGUUCGGGGUGGCAAAACCUUGGAACUUUCUGUUCACCAAAGAAUUCUGGAACAGGGACAAAAUCGAGGACAGCAGCUAUCAGAAUGUAUAUCCAUUUAACAUUUUUGAUUCAAAAUACAUUGAGCCGGAUCCUCCUAAUCUGUAUGCUGGCAUCCAGAUCCGCAAACUCCGCAAGGCAUACACCAAAAAAGUAGCCGUCCAUGGGUUGACCUUAAACAUGUACGAGAAUCAGAUCACCGUCCUCUUAGGACAUAACGGAGCUGGAAAAACCACCACCAUGUCCAUGCUAACGGGUAUUUUCUCACCGACCUCCGGAACAGCUCUGAUCAAUGGCCACGACAUUCGCACGGAUCUAGAUGGGGCCCGGCGUUCCCUAGGUCUCUGCCCUCAACAUAAUGUCCUCUUCGACGAACUAACUGUAUCGGAGCACAUACGGUUUUUCGCAAAACUGAAAGGACUAUCCGAAGAAGACAUUCAACAGGAGGUUGACAAAUACGUUCAGCUACUAGAACUGAGCGAUAAGGCAAACGCUCAAUCCCAUACCCUUUCCGGAGGGAUGAAGCGCAAACUGGCAGUGGGAGUUGCCCUCUGUGGAGGAUCCCGAGUUGUCCUGCUGGACGAACCAACGUCAGGGAUGGACCCUUCGGCUCGUCGUGCCCUUUGGGAGCUUGUUCAGAAGGAAAAAAUAGGACGAACGAUUCUUCUAACAACUCACUUCAUGGACGAAGCCGACGUGCUAGGAGACCGAAUUACAAUAAUGGCUGAGGGAAGCCUGAAAGCUGCAGGCUCCCCAUUCUUCCUGAAGAAAACUUUCGGAACCGGAUAUCGAUUGAUUUGCGUCAAGCGGGAGAAUUGUAAUCGGGAGCUUUUGUUGGACAUAUUGAGGCGACACAUUCCGGAUGUUAGGUUGGAUACAGAUAUCGGAACCGAACUGUCCAUCAUCUUACAGGAAGAGUACGUCAAACAGUUUCAGCCGAUGCUGGAGGAUUUGGAGCAGCAGAUCGAAGCUUGUGGGAUUUCGAGUUAUGGUAUUUCUCUGACCACGAUGGAGGAUGUCUUUCUGAGGUCCGCGUGUUCUACUGAUUGCAAUUUGUCAAACAUUUCAAUCAUGUCAAUCAAUCAAUCAAUCGAUUUAAAUGCUUUCGAAAACAUUCACUUGCUCACGGGACGAGAGUUACUGAUCAACCAAAUUCAAGCCCAAUUCUUCAAAAACUAUUUGUCGACACUCCGAAGACCGAUUUCGCUAUCGAUGCAGGUUCUUAUUCCGAUCAUGUUUGUCAUCAUGACCUACUUCAUCAUCCUGAAUGCCAUCAAGGAAUUGCCACCGUUGGACAUCAACCUGGAAUCUUACAGUGAAUCCGUUACUGUACUGGAAGACCACCAAGCAACGGUAGCCGCAGCUUAUCGAUCCCAAUUCACGAACCUAAGCCAAGUCUAUGAACUAGUUGUGAUCCACGAACCGAUGAACGAUUUCAUCCUUCGAAAAAGUAAAGAGUCCAUUGCCAUCGUCAAUACCCGAUAUUGGGUUGGCGCAACAGUGACCUCAAGCUUCGGAGGAACGGCCUGGUUCAACAACAAGGGAUAUCACACCAUUCCACUGGCCCUGAAUUUGCUGAUGAACGCCUUCUGGAAGGUUUCCUGCAGCGAAUGCGAAAUUCUAGUGACCAACAAACCUCUUCCGUUCCGUCUUGGGACUAGAUUCGAACAGCUGGAAGUGGGUGCUAACGUUGGCUUCCAAUUUGCUUUCAAUACUGGCUUUGCGAUGGCUUUCGUCGGUGCUCUCUACAUCAUGUUCUACAUCCGGGAAAGGACUUCCCGCUCCAAGUUGCUUCAAAUGGUCAGUGGAGUUAAUGUGACACUCUUUUGGGCCUGCUCAUUCCUGUGGGAUUACACGGUGUUCAUAAUCGUGAGCCUACUCUAUCUGGCUGCGGUUGCCGCAAUUCAGCAUGAGUCGUGGUCCGAGUUUUCGCAUCUGAGCAAACUAUUUCUGGUGCUUUUACUCUUCGGAUUCUCGAUCAUUCCCACGACCUACAUGCUCAGCUUUCUGUUUGACGUUCCUGCGACCGGUUUCGUCAAGAUGAUGCUGUUGAAUACCCUCUCGGGGACGGUUGCUUUCACUGCCGUUACGCUGCUCAAGUUUGAAGGCAUCGAGCUGAAGCGUGUUGCCGAGGUGCUGGAGUGUAUCUUCACCUUCUUUCCGAAUUAUGUGUUCAAUCAUGCGCUGAACACUUUGAAUGCGGUUUCGAGCAUCGAGGCCCUCUGUGAUCGACAGUGCAAGCAUAUGCCGAUUUGUUCUCAGGAAUUACUCUGUGAGCUGGUUCCCAAGUGCUGUGAUUUGGAUGUUUUCACUUUCGGCGAAACUGGCAUCAACAAGGAUCUAAUCUUUUUGGUUUUCGUUGGCGUGACGGCUUGUGCCGUAGUUCUCAUGAUUGACUAUCGAACCUACCAGGAGGUGUUUGCCAAGAUACUCAAUAAUUCUAAAAAUGGUGAACCAGAGAUCAACGGCACGGUUUCACCAUCAAUGGAUGACGAUGUACUGGCUGAGAAACAAAAAAUCGGUGCCAUGAGUCCGGAGGAUAUUAAAAAUUACAAUCUGGUGCUGAGAGACGUUUCCAAGUAUUACGGGAAGUUUCGGGCGGUGAACAAUAUUUCCGUUGCGAUCCCAAACUCGGAAUGUUUCGGUCUGUUGGGAAUAAAUGGGGCCGGGAAGACGUCAACCUUCAAAAUGAUGACCGGUGACGUGAACAUCACUUCAGGUGAAGCUUGGGUCACCGGAAUCAGUCUGCUGACGGAUAUGAUCGAAGUUCACAAGCACAUCGGAUACUGUCCCCAGUUCAACGCACUUUUGGACGAUUUGACCGGACGGGAAACACUAAAGUUGUAUGGGCUUCUUCGAGGAAUCCCUCCGGAUGAUAUAGGCAGCGUAUCGGCGAUGCUAGCAGAUGAUCUCAAUUUUACCCGACAUCUGGAUAAGAAAACAAAAGAUUUCAGUGAAGGAAAUAGAAGGAAGCUUAGCACUGCCUUAGCUUUGAUCGGCAAUCCUGUGGUAGUUUAUUUGGAUGAACCGACCACAGGAAUGGAUCCUGGCUCGAAGCGGCACUUUUGGAAUGUAAUGUGCAAAGUUAGGGAAGCUGGAAAAUCGGUCGUCCUCACGUCGCACAGUAUGGAGGAAUGCGAAGCCUUGUGCACCCGGCUGGCCAUCAUGGUCAAUGGGGAGUUCAAAUGUCUCGGCUCGACGCAGCAUCUGAAGAACAAGUUUUCCGAGGGAUUUACUCUGCUGCUCAAAACCAAACCCGAACCACCGGAAGAACUCGAACCGAGGGUUGAAGCGGUGAAACAAUUCGUACAAGAAAAAUUCGAAGGAGCAGUUUUGAAGGAACAGUACCAGGAUUCGUUGAGCUUCCAGAUUCCACGGUCGGAAAUGCGCUGGUCGACCAUGUUCGGGCUGAUGGAAGCUGCCCGUGAAAGUUUGGCCAUUGAGGAUUAUGCUCUGGGGCAAGCCUCGCUGGAACAAGUUUUCCUGCACUUUACCAAAUAUCAGCGGGAAGAAGUGAGUGACUGAUGGAACGGUU